CCAGACUGACCGCAUGAUCCCGCAACCUUAAACCAAACGAGGCUUUUUAUCGCUGCUCGGCAGUUUGCUGCCAACGAGAUUCUGUUGUUUAAAAAUCCUCCGACACAUGUGUCCACCGACUGAUACAGGUGACAGCAAGAUUGGAAGAGGAUGGGCCGUCCCGCGGUGCUUUUGUUUCCUGUGAGAGGAAAACUUCAAUCACUUCGACACUCAGUCCUCACUGGUCCGUUUAGUGUUUCAUGAAACCUCUCCAAGUGUCGUCUGAUUGGGCCUUAAUUCCGCUGUGAAGACUCGCCAGCCAAUCGGCAUCUUCCUGGUGCAGCAGCGUCUCUGCAGCAGAUUUCUGCUUCACUUGGGACGAGACAGACAGAGAGAGAGAGGGGACAUCGAGAUUCACCACAGCUAAAUCAGGGAUUCUGCACAAGUGAUCUCUAGCAUGGAGGUGCCCAGGAGGCCUCAGCCCUCCUCCUUCACACUGCCUCUCCCUAAACCGGCCUCGUCUGCUCGGUCUCCCCUCGGAGCUGUGGAGAAGGUCGCCAGGAAAGACUCAAUGAAAGAGAAACUCCAGGAGACGAGGGAUGGAGCCGCGGAGGGAGAUCAGUUUGAAGACGAGGCGUUCGGUACAGAGGAGGAGUCGGUUGUGUUUGAAGAGGCCUCAGAACUAGAACAUACAAACGCUCCCACAGUACUCUCCUCACAGGGUGGUUUCUCAGAGGAGAGCUCAGUGUCUGAGGAGAGGCUGGCAGAGGAGGAGAAGGAGGCCAAAAAGAAGUCCGAAGAAGAGGAAGCGGCAGCUAAAGAGAGGGCAGCACAGAGACAACAGCUGGCCAUAGAGGAGCUGGUCCAGUCUGAGAGGAACUACCUUCGACUGCUGCAAGUCAGCACGGUGACCAUCAGGACCAACCUGCAGAAACUACAGCCGCCUCCAGCCAACCUGGACAGCAUGUUUCUCUACAUAGAAGAUGUGAUUGACGUGUCAAGUCGACUCCUCAGCCUGCUGGACCAGAAGCUGGUUCAGCCUGGAGACCCUCUCUUCCUGGAGACACUCUGUGAUUCAUUCCUCAGCCUGUCGUCUGACCUGGAAGCAGCCUACAGGGAAUACCUGGCCAACUACAACAACGUCACGGUGGUGGAGAACAGCUACAAACAGAAGGAGGCACUUUGGAACGAGAUCGUGCGAGUCAUCAAGACCUCAGCGCCUGAAGUAAACGCCACCUCUCUGAGUUUCUUCUUGGUGAUGCCGGUGCAGCGGAUCGCCCGCUACCCCCUCCUCCUGCAGACCAUCCAGAAACACACGGACAGAAGUCACCCAGCUUAUGACCUUCUGGAGCAGACUGCUCACACCUCCAUCGCCUUGAACUGUCGCAUCAAUGAAUACAAACGCUUCAGAGAAGUUGCUGACAAAUACAAGAAGACAGAAGCCCUGACCAUAAAGGACAAGAUCAACCGCCUCAACACCCACAGCAUCGCAAAGAAGACAGCGAGGCUCAGCCAGCACAUCAAACAUGAGACUGGAAUAGCUCCUAAGCUGGUGGAUGGGGAGUUUGACGCCCUGGAAGGUUUCUUUUAUGUUCUGGAGCACGGGAUCCUGGAGCUGCUUGAGAACGUGGAGACGUACCUGCACCACCUACAGGGGUUCCUGGCCUGCAAAACAGAGGAGUUUGAUUUUGAUAUGGAUGGAGAGAAAGCACCUAUUUGCUACAAGGAGAUCACCACAGCUCUCAGACAGUGGAUUCUUCCUUCAUUUGAGAAGAGGAUGAGGACGUUAAUCCACAAGCCGCUGUGCGCGCUCCGUGACCUCCUGGUGGGCCCGAGGAACCUGAUCAGGAAAAGGCUGGACAAGCUGCUCGACUAUGAAGUGAUUUGUGACAAGUCCAGUCUGAGCUAUGACGAACAGGCUGUGGCCAACACGUACAGAACAAUCAACACGUUGCUCCUCAAUGAGCUCCCUCAGUUCAACGGCCUGGCUCUGCAGAUGAUCUGGAGCAUGUUGGGGACGUUCAGCUGUCUGCAUAAAGACCUCGCCUCAGACAUGGAGCAGCUGUUCCAGAGCUUCGCGCAACAGCUCCCUCACAGCUCUAUCAGCCCCAGUGCAUUCUGGGGGUGGGCGGAGUCUGCAGUGCUGGAAGGAGCGAGGAGGCUGGAGACUUUGUGUCGAAGUGUGGAGGACACGCUCAAUGCGCCUGUUGUCCAGCCUCUGAGUCCGUCGUCUCAGCGCCGUCUGAAGCAGCUAACGGAUAAGCACGGUUCUGGAAAGAUCUACCAGGUGACGGGGACGGUGGUGGGCAGCCGGGACCUGGACCUGAACCUGGCCAAAGGGGAGCUGGUGGCCAUCAUCAGUGAGGCAGACAGUCGAGGAGACAAACGAAGGUGGCUGGUCGACGCGGGAGGCAGAAGAGGAUACGCUCCUUCCUCCAAGCUGCUUCGUUAUCACCAGCCAACAGAGGACCCGCCCCCUUCGCCACACCUGACCGUGCCCGAGGGCGUGACAGGAAUCAGGAGGCACUCCUACACCCCGGAGGCCCGGCCGCUGACAGUCAUGAGCCAGCCUUGCUUCCAGGUGAUUGCAGCCUAUGACUUCGCAGCGAGAGGAAACCACGAAGUCUCUGUUCGAGCCGGCGAGCCCGUUCGUGUACUGGAGCCCCAUGACAAACGAGGGAACCCUGAGUGGAGUCUGGUGGAGGCGAGGGGUGGGCAGAGAGGCUACGUGCCCUCCAACUACCUCACAAUCAUGCCAGUGGGACCUGGGCCACCCGGCUCAUUCCGGCCCUACUGCUAGGAGGGGCGGAAGGAGAGACUGCAGCUUGCACAGUAUGACGGGGUUUCACCAGUUCUGUCUUUUCGAAGGCUUACAGCACGACUGCUGGAAUAAGGCUCCACCUGCUUCUCAAACAGUAGCAUGUAUCUACAAAGUGACCAUCAGUGUCAAAAUCAGUGUUUUUAAACAGACAUUAGAGCCGUGAAAUACUGUGGUGUGGUGGCCACAGUGUUAGCCAAGUUCUGUUGACUACUUCUUUUCAAUCUUAUAGCUUGAAUUUUUGAAAAGCUUGAAAGCUUGAAAAUGUAACUUUUUCUUGCUUUUCCUUCACACUUCCUGUGCAGUUCAGUGCAAUAAGACUUUCAAAGUUGCAAGGAAGGGAAAGUAAAGUCAAGUCUAAACAGUUUUAUUUCUAUAGUCCGAAAUCGUAAAUUUGCCUCAAAUGGCCUUACAGUCAUUGCAGGAUACUGCGCUUACAAAGUCAGGGCUUAUUGUCUUCUUUUAGGCCAUUUCUGCACUAACUAAUUUGGAAAUUAAGCUUUUUUUCCACCCAAACUAAAAAUGUUUCUUUUCAAAAGUGCUCUCAAAAGCGUCACAUGAAGGUGCGGACGAACAAAUUCAAGACAUCUGACUGUAAUGUCACUCAAACUCCAGCUCAAGAUCAAAGAAUGACUUGACGGUGCAGCAGCGUGAAAACGACAGAAACCUCAAAGCAUUUAUACGUUCAGUGUGGACGGUAAACCGGAUAUACAACCUCUGAUACAUCCACUGUGGGCUGGCUCCUGUUUAUAUGUGUGACCCACCGGAUCUAAUGAAGGAAGCUGCAGCCCUGGUGCUGGUGGUCUUAUGGUGUCUUGCUCGUGAGCACUGACAGGACAGAUGCUGCUGGGAUGGAAUUUCACUCUGCGUCCUAAGGCUGAAGGACACACUUGAAGUUGCACUGCAAAUUUUUUUGUGGCCGUUGUUACAAAGCACCGGAAGACGAUGGGCGAACGGGAGUCACCUGAGCUGUUUGAGAAGAGGGAGGCUGACUCAUAUCCCAUGAUCCUCAGCGUGACAAAUGGACGCUUGAACUGAAAGCGAUAGACUGCAUGUUCUCGGUUAAGUAUGCGUGUGUUAGCGAGCUAACGGCAACACACUCAGAGAACAAAAAGUGUGUGUGUGUGCAUCUGUUUGAUAUGAAAUUGAGCUGACAGGUGUGUGUGUGUGUGCAUGUGUGUGUGUGUGUGUGUUGAGUCUCCUCCUCCUCACCUGGAGGCAGGAGCAGUACUGUAUCGGGACUGACAGGUACACAGCGCUCUCAUCAUCUCAGACUGUGUAAUGUGAUGUAAAUGUAAAAUGUCUCCAGGGCCGAGCGAGAGAGGAGGAGGAGGAGGAGGAGGCGUGAAGACAGAGGAAGGAACAGGGAGUAGACCUGAAGGAGUUGGAAGGGAAAUGGGAGGAACAGCAGGCAAGCAGCAGACUCAGCAGAGUUAUCCGUGUGGAUGUGUGUUUUCUCUCAGCCUCCUUCCUCUUCCCUCUCUAACCAGGAGCUGAUUUAGAUCCACUCCUCGUUACAGUACGAGACUAAACUGCCCCUUAAGGUCUUUGAUUUAAAAGGGUUUUAAACAGACGUAAAAUAGUAUAUGACUGAAGCGACCUCCUUCAGUAUUCAUGCACCUGAUGAUGCUUGUUGCCAUGGAUACCGUUCAAUCAAUGCAGGCCGUGUCUCCCCGUGGUAUUUCCUCAAGUUGGCUGGACUGUGAAAACACUCAGCGACAGCAGAAUUUAAUUGUUUUUGUCAGUUUGGUGAACGUUUGCUACUUCACUAUCUUCUUUUCUCGAGGUGCACAGACAACUGGAAGCACUCUGCACUGAACCCCCACCCAUGAUGUUGAGCUAUCUCAUAUCUGACAAACUAAUAGGCCGAAAAACGAGCCUCAUGUCUCAACACGGCAGCAUUAAAGGAAAAGACCAAACUGUACAAGCUGCUAAUGUGCAUCAUGUUGGAAAAGAGACGGAAAGAAAGACGCAUACUUCACUUAACGUUUCUUUGCAAUUGAGCCCCACCCCUUCACUUAAUGCUCCAAUCACAGCAGAACAACUUCUCUGGAGAAAAGUAAGACAGAAGCCCUCUUCAUGUCAUAUCAGAGUUAUCCUUUUACGAGAUUCGGCUCAUAAACAGCGUUCACACCAACAUUCAAGUUGUAAUUAAGACUCACCUCACCUCUUUUUCUGUAAUCCAAUUCCUAAUACAGACAUGCCUGAAAACCAAACAAGCCUAAAGGCCUCACACUGGCCAAAGUCCACUGUUCAAUAUCAUAAUAUCAAACCUUAAUUUAAUGGAUCUGGUGUAAUAAUGUCAGUGAACAGUGUUUUAAUCCUCUGUAAUCAUACAACCAUUUGCAAGUCAUGAUGGUGGGAGUUUUUCCCAUCUCAACCAUCUGUUCCAGAUGACAUGAACGCGGCACAAUGCCUCGUCAGAUUAGCAAGAUAUCAAGGACGUUUUAAAGAUUUGCCUCACAUGUGUGCGUAUGCUUGAUUUUAGCAUCGAUGGGCUAAAUGAAAUGUAAAGUGCUGGUGCAGCUCAACAUAAAACCAUCACAGAGAUUAACAUAAGCAUGUAAAGAUUAGGCUGUUUAGUCACUAAAUUGAUAUCUGGAUAAAGGCAUGGUCAGUGGGUUGUUGUUGCUAACACUGAGCCGUGUUCCACCGGUUUGUGCUGCAUCAGCUGCUGCGGAUGUGAAGCAGAGGGAGGCGGGCUGGGAUUCGGGGCUGCUCAGCUGGAGCUUAGCUGUUCCCAUCCGCCUGAAUGUCAGGACGGAGCAGAGCAGCAGGAGGGCCAGAGAGUGUGUGAGAUGCUACCAACAGACCAAAAUACCAAAUGUCCUCAAGGUUAUUAAGAUGGAGGGAAAAUAAAGAACAAACACUCCCACCUGACAGCAUUUUACCUGCUCUCACCUCCUCAAAGGCCACUUAAGGCUGAAGCAAAUUCAACCGGUAAAUGUUAAAACAGGUUAUGGCAAUAAAAUUUGCAUUUUAGGAUCUGUUGGCUGCUCAUUCAGUAUUUAGUAAUUAGUAUUUUUAAUUCCUAUAAUUGACAAACAGUGUGAAGCUGCUGUUGGCGAAGCUGCAUGCUGUAUUGUCUUAACUUGGCCAAAAACCUUGAUACUGUAAAAACUGAACUACUUCACUGCAGACUCCUGGAAAAGGUUGAGAGAUAUUCUGGUUAUAUAUGACCACGUGCAUGUUGCGAUGGGUGGAUGUUUUUAAAACUGGAUAGAGUUUAGGCUCAGCUUGAUGACACAGAGGAGUGUGUCUGCAGGAGAUUUUCAACUCUCCACCACAAGAGGGAGUCAGAGACUGAGACCGGUUGUGUUUGAUGAGAGAGCCUGAACUGGUGUGUGUGUGUGCAUGUGUGUGUGUGUGAGACCUCUUUACCGUCGGCAGUAUUAGUGCUUGCAUGAGAUCACAGCUUGAACAUAAUCCUGCACAUUCUGUUCAUAUUGUUCAUUUUUGUGAUUUUUCUAUUAACCAGCUGUCAAACAAAGUGAGGUGUAACAUUUUUAACCUGCGGAUGAUCUGGUUGUACACUGAGUCUGGACAGCAUUUCUGAUUAUAAUUUAUUGUUUUAUUACUGUGUUGGGUCGUGUUUCUUUCUUUUUUUUUAACUUAUUAGACGCCGCACGGCUCUGUGACUUGAGAUGAAUCGUCUUUGAAGUGUUGCCAAAGUUAUGAUGUUGAACUCGCUCACACACACACGUAUUCACGCAGCAGAUGGCAGAUGCAGCAGUAGUAUCUGUCAGGGCAGCUGUGAACUGACUGUGUGGCUUCAAUAAAACUGA